CUUUGAAAAUGGCAAAUAGAUCCGCGGAGAACACUUCUCAGGGGUACGUACUCUGUUGUUGAUGUCGAUAUUUUCAUGAAUGAAUGUGCUCUAGAUUCGCGCAAGUUCGUUCUGCGAUUUGGUUUCCUCUGAUUUGUUUCGUUGCGCUGUCAUCCCUUCGAGGUAUAUCGAUUGUUUAUUGGAAAACAUUCAAAUUCGCAGCAUGAAAUUUGCGAAAAGUUUGUUGAAGUUUAUACGCUGUUAUUCAAAAAAAAUUUCAAGUAGUAUAAAAUGACUGUACAGAAAGAAAAAUUAAGGAUUGACGCCGACCUGAAGCGUCGGCCUCACUCGCGUAGAGUCAACCUUUUUCUCUAGCCCGUCUCAAAUUUGCUGACCCAUUCUAUUGAUACACAUAACUCAGUAGUGGUUAAGAGUUGUAAAGGAUAAAGUUUUUAAAAAAAACAUGUACUUUCUCGAUUUUUGAACGCUAACAAAAAUAUAUUAACAGUAAGUCCACUCCGGAAGAUAACACCACAAACAACAGCAAGUUCUAACCGCGAUGAGAACACUCAUGGAUCACACAGCGCACCAGAACUCGAGUUUUUUUUUCGUUUUGUUGUUUUUUUUCUUGAUAAUAUUGCCCUGUAAAGAAAUAUAUAUAGGAUAUUUUUGCACACAUCGCCGUCAGCACACAACUGGCUAAAUGCUAAGGAAGAAGUUUACUUUAUAGUAUAUCAUUAAAAGGAGUAAAAUCUAAGAAGUUUUUUCUUGCCGGGAUUUCCUGGCGCGCCGCUGCGAACACUGCUAUCUACAUGUAUUAGGCAGCGAGAAAAUAAACACAGACUUUACUUUACUCUUUACUCACAAACCUCUUUCACUAUUUAUGAUCGAUAUUACAUCUCGUAUCUCAAGUUGAUUUUUAAGCAAGGGAAGUUAUGACAAAUGACAGUGGAGUUGGAAAUGUAAACGCAAUGGAAUGCGCUACGAGAAGAGGUAUUUUACUCGUUGGUAAUUUUAUUCCGAAAUUCAUUAUUGAUUGUAAAUGAAACAUUCACGGGAGCUGAGGGAAGAAACCAUCAAAACGAAAACAACAUCGACGGAAAAAUUAUCAGAAAGUUAGUCAACGGACCUUGCACUCACCAUACGGUGUUGAUUCAGUUCGAAUUGGUCGGCUUUUUCGUCACGAUUUUUUAUGGUUCACAUCAAAUCAAAUCUGCAAAGGAAAAGAUAUGUACAAUCAGGACAGCUAAAUUUAACCCUGUUGAGAUUCAUUCUCAAAAUUAGUCUGUUUUAAGAUAAAACGCACAGUCUAAAAUGAACCAACUCUCCAAGAGAGACAGAACCAGAUGAAAAAAUAUAUAAAUGAAAAAACAAAAAAUAAAAAAGGUUCUGCCUUCAGAUAACAACAGCCCAGAUAGGACUGACUACCCAAGAGAGACAGAACCAGGUGAAAAAAAAAACGGAAAGGUUUUGUCUUCAGAUGGCAACAGCCCAAAUAGGACUGACUACCUAAGAGAGACAGAACCAAGUGAAAAAAAGGAAAGGUUCUGGUGAUUUUAAGCAUUUACCAUCUAACCAUCAGAGGAAUCAGUCCUUUUCUGGUUUUGAAGGCACAGAAGCAAAGGUAAACCCUGCUUUGCUGAUAAAACGGUGUAGGCAUCAUCAUUUUCGGCUCACGUUAUUAAGCAGUGAGAUUUAUCGCGCGUCAUCAUAUAGCUCUAGACAGAAGUAAUCAGGCAUACAACUUUACCUUAUCGUCGAAUUGGUCAAGAGUAGUUCCCGCGCUUACCUGAUGUUUGGGACUUACUUACUAGAAAUUAUAUUUCAUACUUAAAGAGCUCCUUAGUAUAGCCGCUCGAAAUGUAUUAUAGAAAAAUCUACCCAAUCGUUUCAAGCGAUAAUGAUACUCCUGAAUCUCCAGAACAUAACGCACUCGAAAUCUCUCUCGAAAACAAGGUCGUUGCCGAGCGGUUCACCGCCUCCUUGCUAACUCUUGAGCCAAAGGUCUGAUCAGAGUAGAAUAUUGGCUAGCUGUUACAAUUUAAGUUUGGCAUUGUCGUGUCAGAACAGAUAAUCGCUCUUUGUGUCAGAAAUCAAUGAAUCUGUAGAUCACGGACAUAAUGUGACGGCUACAACAACUGUUACUUGAUUGUCACAUCACACAGUUUAAACAGGCUAUCCUCUAAUGUCAUGACAUGUUUAGGUUUAGCUAAGUCGUUCCUGUCGCUGAAUCAUUCUGCAAUUGUGAAAAUUGUCAUCCCUGCUAUGAUUGCGUAAUUAUUCCCAAAGAGAAAAUUGCGCGAAAGAGUCCUAAAUUAAUCAACUUUAAUUACCUUAAUUUAACGUUCGAAACCAAACACCUCGCUUUCACUUGCUUAGAGGUCACGUGCUUGGAUACCGGGCAACAACGCAAAACUGGAGGGCAAGCGUUCCAAUACACAAAGUUCAUAAGAGGUCACGUGCAUAUGCUUGAAAACGAUAUUUGGCUUGACUAUAGAAUGCUGGGCCCAAUCUGAAGUUAUAUUCUGAGCCAGUGGCUCGGUAGCUCGGUAGUCAAAAAAGUCAGACUGCCGAGUCGCCGAACCGCCGAGUCACAACAAAAGUUCUUGUAAUUUCAUAAAGCAUUUAUUUUCUCGUUCUUUUAAGAAUGAUUGCCGAGGCAGUGAGCCGGCGAGCCACUACAUAAAAAUGGCUCCAUUGGGAGCGAUUCCAAUCAACCCUUUAAGGGUUGUAUUACUCCUAUAAGUUGAGUAGUGCUGCAAUUGCAGGAGUAAAGAGGUAAGUGUCUGAACAAAUAUUUGAGUACAAGUCAAGAUCAAACGUGUGCUUGGGUAUAGCUUCUUGAAACCUUCUGGCAUAUGCCUAUUGACAUCAUCUCUUGAAGGCCAGAUCAUAUGACAUCCAAGCAAAAAAUAAAUAAAAUUACUCCAGGUGAUUAAUUUCCUACAAACUGAAGACCUAUGUAUCAUAAAUCUAUAAGCUAAGUCCUGUUCAAAUAAUCCUAGUUUGAGGCGUACAAGAAAAAUAGACAAUUCAUUUACAAGUAACAUAUUCCUACAAGCUGGUUUGCUCUCUCUUACUCCAGAAGCAUAACAGUGAGUCAUCAUUUCAGCACUUGGCUGAACAAACUGAAAAGAGAGCUGAAUAUGUGCAUAUGAUGGGAAGCUGGUGUAAAAUUUUAUUGAAUCAUUAUUUGUGCCAAAUCUCUCUGGCCCAAAUUUAUUGAGUGCCAAUUGUUCAGCUGCUUGCCUUUUUAUUUCCUCAAUGUCUAUUGCAGCUUGGGUUUUUACCACUUUUACUUCCUCUUGAGCUGCUUUAGUUUCAUCUCUUCUUUUCAGUAGCUGUUUCUGCAUAGCCAGUGGCUGUGCCUUGAUGGACUGAAUUUCUGAGUGCAUGCUGUAUAUGGUUGGGCUAACGUCUGAUUGACUUUCAUGUUCAUCAUCACUCUCAUCUGUUUGGGUAUCUCUGUGAAGAGAAGAGUAACGUUAUUAAAAUACUUCCAGAUCACCAUGUGUAGAAUAAUGAUUGAUGCGCUAAAUUUUAAUUGUAAAUCAAUUUUACUAUAAUGGUAUUACUGGAAUACUCACAAUAGAUCAUCAAUACCUCUCGACAUGUCGAAUUAUCUUUCUUCGUGCUUUGAAGUUGGAUGACCAAUCAAACUUGAAAGGAACAACUCCCCCUUUGAGCAGUUGUCGACCAGAUGUGUUGGGUAGAAGGUAGUCUUCAUCUUUGAAGUGUCUUGACCCCACUUACCAGGGUUUUUUUUAACUCCGAAAAGUCUUAAGAUUUUGAAAGUUUCUACUUUGCUUCUCGUCAGACAAAGCUCUUGAAAUAACUUGAAGUCUGAACCUUCAUCUCCUCUAAUCUUUAGGAGCCAUUCCUCUCUCAACUUAGUAUUUCAAUUCGUGGUGAUAGCGCGAAUUCCCAUUGCAUAGUGGAACACAACAAUGGUAGGCUGAUUUCUUUUAAGAAGUCAAAGGCUCGUCUGCAAUAUCGGCAUUUAGAGAGAUAUGAACAAUGCACGAAACAAACGUUUGUGCACGCAAUCACUCGAAAAAUAUCUCCGCUAAUCGACCAUGAAAUGCCUUUGAAUCCCAUGCAAUUAUCGUUUAUGAUUUAGAGUUUUCCUUUAGAGCCUUGAGAAGUCCUGAUAUCGCGGACCAGAAGGAAGAAAGAUGAAUUUGAAAGUGCAGACCAUGUGUAGUCGCCAUGUUUGUUAGCUGUUGUGUAUUCAUUUAAAUGACAAACUCACUCUUGAAUUAUUUUCCAUAUUCUGUCUUUAUUCAUUGAUCUACUAUCUAAUAAACUGGUAAAAUCAUGUUAUUUGAUAAAAGUACCUUUACAUAUUUCAGUAAUCCCACAAUGAUAUUACAAAAAUUGGCACAAGUGCUUUUUGUUAUGAUCAUAUAUUUAUAGUCAUCGAACGAGUCGGCGCUACUAGUGUAUUCACUAUUUCGCCGUAAAAAAGCCUAUCACAACUUAAAAAUUGCACCAAACCCACACUUCUACAUUAAAACCUUACUAGCUUUGUAGAAACGGAAAUACCAGUACAAGCUUUUAUCCGUAGAAAGUAUUGUUUUCAAGGAAACGUGCGUGACCUCUUGUGAACAUUGUAUAUUGGAGCGCUUGUUCUCCAGUUUUGCGUUGAGCAAAGCUCGUCAUGACUGAAAAUAUGAACAUCUCCGUGGUGUUCUUUGCUGAAGCUUUACCACGUUCGCGAAGAGAUCAAAAUCCUCUUCUAUAUUUAAAGAAAGAACGGCGCCAUUUAGCCAUAAAAUGCAAAUCUAUAAUUAAAAAAAAAUUCCGUGAGGCUGCAGCUGUGCAAUUUACAAGGUGUCAAGCAUCGAUGUUCGUAAUCGAUGAAUAAUUCGAUUGCAUGACAUGACACCUUCCGUACAAAAUAUCGUGUGACUAAAGUUGUUUUGCAGCAUGUUCUGAUGGAGAAAAAAAAGUUUUCGUUGAGGUUUCACUAAUAAUAUUGGUUGCUGUGUUAUCAUUUGUUGGAAUGCGUAUGCAAUCCACGCAAGUGGACUUAACUGACCGAUUCAUCCUUGAUGGGGGCAUUGGGAUUUUCGGUUUUUUUUUUUAGAUCGGUUUUGGUGCCAAACAAUUUUGAUUUUUUGGAUUGGUUGUUCAUUGUGGCUUGCGGAUUUUCCGUUUUUUAGCAUUUGAUCUCCGAUGUGGUGUUUGGAUUUUCCUAUUUGGAUUCCGGUUUCUCUUCGACUCAAGCGGCCAUCAUGCGCUUCCAUUGAUCUCGAAUAGCCGCGAAACCUGUGUCGGAUCGUUUAGGGUUUUGAGAACUGGAAUGUGAACAUUUAUCAGCUUUGACGGUUUUGCAUGCGGUUUUUGGUUUUGAUCGCAUUUUUUUGUGUGUGUAUGGUUUUACAGACCUUCCUUUUCGUUCUGUUCUGCGUCUUAAAUUACAGUAGGACUCAGUUAUUUCUUGUGAAAUUGUGUAUGGAAUUUUUUAUUUUUCUUAUUUUUAUUUUUUUUUUAAUUUUUCGGGAUAUAAAGUGCUCUUGUCUUUCUCACUUUACACUUGUAUUUGGGACUGAAAGUGAGGGAAUGGGGAUUGUCUGUGCUAGGCAGCUUAUUCCUGCCUUAGUCUGCAUUAUCGUGUAUUAACUUUUUGAUUUUCCAUUCCUUCAUGAAAUUUUAAUGUUCUGCAACACCUGUCUCUUCUUAUUGAAUCUUAAAAAUGAAACAAAUUUAUUUAAAUUUAAUCAUGUCUUUAUAAUUUUGUUUUUUUGAGACAUGUUGACGGAUUUUCAAUCUCACAAAAUUUCAAUUUAGGUGCCCCACAGUUAUCAACGAGAUUUGGUUUGAUCUUGGCUGCCUUGUUCCAGCUGUAAGUGAAAUACUGAAGUAACUUUCAUCAAAUAAUGACAACAAAUGCUUACAUACGGUAAUGAAUUAAUUUAGCACCCUCCCUCCAAUUAGCACCCCCUUCAAAUAAACACUCCCCCUGGAAGCUCCCCUAUUUCUAAUAAGUGCCCCUAUUGAAUAAGCAUUAUCGUUCCAGUAAGUGCUUCUAUUCCAGUAGGCACCCCCAUUCCAAUAAGUGUCCCUAUUUCAAUAAGGACCCCUAUUCCAAUAAACACCCCUAUUUCAAUAAGACCCCUAUUCCAAUAAGUGCCCCUAUUCCAGUAAGUGCCCCUACUCCAACAAGUGCCCCUAUUCCAAUAAGAGCCCCUAUUCCAAUAAGCCUCCCUGUUUCAAUAAGUGCCCCAAUUCCAAUAAGUUUCUCCAUUCUGUUUCAGCCAUAUAAAACUGCUAGAGCACGUGAACAUUGAGAUUGACUGUUAAAGUUCAUCUUCCUCAAUUUCUUACUAAUACCUAAUUAUGAAAACAGAGGUCAACAUCUCAGCCUCUCAACUCUUAUGUCUGCAUGAGUGUACAAUUCAUUCAAAAGAAUUAUCUGGUCUCAAAAUUUUGUGAUGAUUGCUGGGCUGAUCUUUCUAGCCAGUAAGGAUCCAGGGAUGUCAAGUCUGCACAUUUCCAAGUCUUCUUGGUCCUUUUCCAAGAAACAUCAAAACUUUGUUUCAAAUUCUUCUGUUUAUCAAAAAAGAAAUGAGCCCUGUUCCAAUAAGCUCCCUGGUUCAAAUAGACACCCUCCCCUGGGGUACCAAAGGUAAAUAAGUGCCUUGGGCAUUAAACCAGAUCAUUACAGUGUAUUACUUUACAAUUUUUCCCACCUCAACUUAGUGGCAUUUUAAGUAAUGUAAGCCUACAUGCAUCUGUUUAUAAAACAGAAAGUUACAAAGUUGAUGAUGUUUUACAAAAAGCUUCACCAGUAAUUUCAUGCUUGCACUUAUUUUUUUUUUUUUGCUAAGGUGAUUGCAUGGGAGGAGCUAUAAAUAACAUAUUCCUGUUCUGAUUUCUGAACCCUUUCAUAUCCAAGACCUCAUUAGAAAUUUUUCAUACCAUCUCCAUUCCAAUUCUUAUGGUGUGAGUCUAUAGAAUUUGGUAUUAAAACUAUUUAUAUUAAUAAUGAUUUAUUAACUUACAUUGUUUGCAGAGCACGAUGCAUGAUGUAAUGAUUGCAUGUGCUUUACAAAAAAUAUAAAAAAAAUCUAAGCAUAAAAUUAGCAGAUACAAUAAAAAACUGCUUAAAAAUUACAGAUGUGUUAAGAAUGAAGUACUAUUUUAGAUUUGAAGAUAUCUGUGUCAUGCUAAUUUAAAAUAAUGGGUCUCAAGCAAACAAUUAAAAUUGUCAACAGUACUCGCUUUUUCAAUAUAUACAUACAUAUCAGAAGUGAGUUCCAAACUUUUAGGGCAGUGACAUUAAAGGGGUGAUCACUAAGUUUAGCAAGACUUGUGUAAUGGAUAAUUUAGGUGAAUUUCAUUGGUCAAUCGCAAAUAAUAACUUGUUUCAUAUUUAAUAGAGGUAAGAUCAGUUAUGUACCACAAUGACAUAUAGCCCUCUUUGUGAAAAGCACAAUUUUCAAAUUAUUCCUAAUGCAAAUGGGCAGCCAAUGAAGCUUCAUACACAGCGAGGUAAUGUGACAGAAUUUCUUUUCCAUAUUUCUGAUGAUCAACUAAUUAUCACCUCUACUGGCAUAUAUAUACAUAUAUAUAUUUUUUUUUUUCUCAUUUUUCUUAUUACCUGCUUGCUUGGUAACAUUGCAAGGAGAGGGUAUGUCUUUUGCGAUUGUGAAUGCGAGUGAAAGGGUUAAUGCAAAGUGUUAUUACCUGUAGAUCAUAGCAAAGAAUUUUGUUGGGUUGGGCAUAAAUUAAAGUGUUUUAUUUAUAUUAUACAUCCAUAUAAACUGUAUUUUAUUUUCAAUUGAUAAUUAUUAUUAUUAUUCUAUUUUUAAGCUUUUCAUCAUUUUUAUACUGGCCUUUGUCAAGCGAAGAGUCAAAUUUGAACCUCAAAACUGCAAUUGUUAUCAUGGUUUGCUGAUGUGAGUACAGAAUUGAUUAAAAUUUAAAUGUUCGAUUUGAUAGAGGAAAAAGCUCAAGGCAUAUAUUGAAGGUUAACAACAUAUAGUCUGAUCAUUGUGUACUUAUAAGUAGUUGUACCUAAUUCUAAGUGACACCCAGCUGCAUGUAAUUUUUUGAAAAAGUUGCUACCUGUUGUGCUUGUGUGCUUGGAGAGAGGGGGGUUAAGGAGGAGGGGCUAGUAACAAGCAAGGGGAUGUGCUGCUGGUUUGGGUUGCAUUUUCAUGCCUGGAUUUAAGCUACAAUGGGGUUGGAUUUAAGCUAUAAUGGGGUUUCAUUUUCAAUAGAGUAACUAAAAUGUGGAUUAGCACAUUUUCAUGAUUUUGAAAAUUCUGGCACAUUCAAGUAGGGAUUUACAGAUGGGAAGGUUCAGGUAAGAUUCAAAUGUACCAGAAUGUUAAUGCACUGUAAGUAAAAAGUAAAGUGUUCUAAAUUUAAGCAAAAAAUGUGUCAUUUCAAUCUAGGAUCAUGACCUACUUUGUAGUAACUGGGGUUUAAAAGAAAUUGACAAAGUUGGGAUCACAAAAAUUACAUUUCCCUUAAAGUGACUCACUUAGCAGAUGGGAUGUAUACCGGUAACUGACCACAGAAUAGACUAUAAAGGCCAGUCACACAUACCCAGCAAAAAUUGACCUAAGCACCCCCCCCCCAAUCUAUCAGGAAAUUGUGCCAUUUCAGUCUGAAUAUAGACACAGUGCAAUAAUAUGAGACAUUCGCCCAUUGAAUGGGUUUACGGGAGUGUAUUUUAAAUGAGCUAUUUGUGUGUCACUGUUUUACCAAUGUUUGUCUGGUUUCCUUCCAGACCAUUUGAUUUUUUAGGUGGUUUUAGCAACAGAUUCACCAUUGCUGUUAUAUUUGGAGCCACCUCUAGUACAUGCCUGGAUAUAUUUUUACGUCCAAAAGAUGGAAUUUUUCAGAUGGCUGACCCAGCUGGAUGGGUGCAGGGUAAGUGAUCAUGCCAUGGCAACCUGAUUUAGAAUAAAUUAAAUGUUUUUGUUUUUGGUUGUUUGUUUAUUUAUUUUUUCUCACUGUUUAAAUCAGUUGAGUGAUUACAGUAGUUAUAAGAUAACCCAGUUGCUGUGGGGCAGAAUUAGUUUAUGAACAAAUUUUAAUGUAGUUAUAUGGAAUUCAAUGUAGUUUAAAUGACUAGGAGCAUAUACAUGCAUGGUCAGUUGUGUUUUCAGGGGUUUGGUUUGCGUCUUAGCCAGCUGUUAGCGUUGGUGCAAUGUUUGUUGUAUUCUACAGAGUUUGCAGCAGUGCUAUGGUUGUUGGGACCCAGGGGCCAUCCUCCUCCAGCAGUAUGCCUUAUCAGUGCACACGUUCUUCUGCCAUCGUGCCUGUGUUGUGUUUGCUGUUCUAUACCAUUGCAUUGUUGUCUUUGUGAAUAGCAGUCCUUGACAUUUCCCUCCCCCCCAACCCUAACUGCAGGGUUUCUUGUGCAGGGUUUAUUUCUAUUUAAUAUUUGUUUUAUUUGUUCAUUCAUUUAUUUAUGUUUUCCUCCUUUGAGCUAUUUCACUCUAGUGUAAUAGGUGCUCAGAGGGGGCUUGGCACAAGAGGUUUGUGGCUGGAUUGUGGGUUGGGUAGGCCAGUCAGGUGUUCUAGCACCUUGGGCACUUAGCCUCCAUUUGUGAUGUGGGCAUGAACUUGACAUUAAGUUAUUUAUUUAUUUAUUUGGAAUAUCUAGACAGGCUGGCUCAGUUUAGCUUUAAAGCAGGCCUCUAUGAAUGAUAACAAGGCCAAAUGACCACACCGGGAGCCACAUUUGUUACUCUUUAACUCAUAAGAUCUGAUUAUCAAUGAAUUUCUCCCUCAAUAGCUGCUGCACAUUUGCAUAUUCGUCAGUUAUGAGAACUUUUCUGUCAGAUCAAGGAAACAUCCCCUACCUGAUAAGUUUGAGUACUCUUAUCACCUGUUUGCUGGAUAAUGUAAGGAUAUUAUGGGGAGAAGUUACCUGGUAAUCAUUUCUGGGAGUUAAAGGGUCAGUGUCCGAUGCUUAUAACCAGUACUGAGAGAUGUAGGAGAGUACAGGGCCUACGGUUUAUGAUCCUUAGCCGAGAAGACUAGAAUGUCUAACCAUAGCAAAGGCAACAUGUUCUCCUGUUAUUUUAAGACAUGAGUGUUGUUGCAGUCUGGGGCUUGAACCCUCAACUACCUGCAGAGCAAGAACACCUUUGCAAUGUAGAAAGAAAUGACAAGGACACAUCCAAACUGGUUGCUAGACAACUUAAUCUCCUAAACCCCUUUCCCUUCUUCUAGGAAGUUCAUAGGGCUGCAAAACUUCACGACAAAAAUUUAUCUUUAAAAUUAGCACUUUUAAUCUCCAUGGUAUCAACAAAUGCUUUUCAUUCAGCUAAUUUAUUCUUGUUUCUCAUCACCAUAGCAUAGCACCAUUUUCUGCAUAAAAAUACACACAUCACCCACAAUUCCUCCAACUGUUGUGACAAAGGGCUAAUGCCAAUGUCAGCUUUUAAACUCUUUAUGGUAGCCUAUUUACAUUAUCAACACAGUUGAUAGUACUAAAUAACCCUGUUAUACUCUCACACUGACGCAGCCCUACAGUUUCUUUGAAAACUUAUCUCCUUUACCUGCACAGCAGUCCAAUAUUCAACAUGAGCAAGCAGAAAAAAAGAAAAUUCCUCUGUUUUAAUUAGUUUUUCAGGAUAUUGUCACUGUUCUUGUAUACGGAAUCCUGUUCUAUCCAAUUUUUGCCUGUCUGACAACUGACAACAGAUUGGUUGGGUCUUUGCUGGGAUUUCUUUAUGUUACAAUCAGGUGAGCUAUUACUUUGUUUAUGAAUACCAAUUUAUAAAAACUAUGAAUUGUUUUUUCGAUUAACAUAUACAUUUCACGGAACUCUACAAUUACUGAUAAUUACCGGUAAUUCAAAUAUUACUCUAAUGUCGAAUACUACUCUUGGCUUUGAAAUAAGUGAUGUUUGUGUUAAUUUUGGACCAUGUUUUGUACACAUGUAGUGGUAAGUAGGGAACACAUCAUGGCUUACAUAUGUGGAAAAAAAUUAAUGAUUUGGUUCUGUCAGCUUAAUUAUUCCUUUUAGCCCCAAGAGUAAUCAGCAUGUAAGUUCUCCCUCCAGUAAUAUUUCUGAAUUAUUCAUUAAAAACAUGAGAAUAAAAAAAGAUCGCCAACCCAAGAGGUUCUGAUUACUACAUGAAUUCUCCUCAUCAGUACCAGAGGAAAUUUACAGUGAAGAGUCUGGAGAAUAUGGGUAUUGAUGUUAACCCUUUAACUCCUAUGAGUGACCAAGACAGAAUUUCUCCUUAUAAUAUCAAUACAAUAUCAAGCAGACAAGUAAUGAGAAUAAAGAAAAAUAUCAUUCAGGGGAUUAUAAGUUGAUCCAAUAUGAAAUUCUCCAAACUAACAUCACAAGAGCUCUAUGGCAGACCAUAACAAGAAUUACUAAUGAGAUCUCAUCAAAGGGAUAGAUGUAAACUAAUGGACAAUGAAAGCAAACCAGCAUAAUUAAUUUCUUAGAUUCGCCUUCAAACUAGGGAUGGAGUUUCAGUGUGUAAUAUACUUGAAGGUAAGGAUAGGGAGUAUUCAAGGGAAAUUGUAUGUUUUUGAUACUUGGCCUUUUUUGUUUUUGUUUUGAUUUUUCUCAAGGUGACAUUUAACAAAUCAAACAUGAUUCUCCCUCAGUCUAUAGCCUUAUUGAUCAUAGAAAUGAUGCCAACAAUGUUCAAAACUAAAGUGAAUCUGCAAGGUGCAGCCAAGUGGUUUUACCCACAUGUAUUUCUACAAGAGUAUAAAGGGGUGGAGGGGGGUGCAUCAAGUAUAAUAGGGUUGGAGGGGGGGGGUUGCAUAGGGUAUAAAGUGGAGAGUAUAGAAAGUUGACUGUCAAUAGCAGCCAAUGAGUGUGUGUGUUUGUGCAGAGUGUGGUAGUGGGGGGGGUUGGGUGGGGGGGAAGAGGGGGUCAUAAGGAUAUUACAGAGUCUUAUAGGGGUGAUCAGGUCAAUUUAUCAUGAAAGAACCAAAAUCCUCCUACCCCUCCCCUCUCCCCCAGGUGAUGAAUGAUGACAAGCCCACAUUUAGUUAUUUAUUAAUAUAUAUAUAUUUUUUCUUUUAUUCUAUGUAUUUAUUCAUUCCUUUUUUUAAUUACUUUUUUUUUCAUUAAGGAAGAGUACCAGAAGGAGUUAUUUUACCUGGAAUAUCUGGGGUUAGUUCCAAUCAACCUUUGCCUUUCAUUCAUUUGGAUGAAGUUCAGUCUCCUGCUCUAUCGUGAAGUGAGAAAGAAGUGUUUCCCAUCUGAGAGCUGGGUAAGUCACUUGUGAGGCACACGACAUACCAGUUUAACAUCGGGCAUGCGCGAGGGUAUCAAUUAUGGCCGGCCGUGCGCCAAUUUCCGCCUUAAAGGAUAACAUAAGAAGCAACCUCUAUCGCAAAAUAGGCGAAAGAAAAUUGAAACGUUCUUAGAGCUCUGCAAAAGGAAACAAGGUACGUAGUGAUAUAUCCCUAACCUGCAGCGAUAGAUGUACAUCGCUGAGUUGAAACGAUAUAUCGCCCAGAGCGAAACCUGUUUGAACAGUGCAAUACUAUAUCGCGAUUGUCUCAACCACAGCUUCUACCUUUCAGAGCCACAUAAAACCAAACUUCCCGAAACGUGGGAAAACGUGGGUUACCAAGUCGAUUUAGUUUUGAAUCUGAUUGGUGAAGAGAGUGGUGCGAGUUUUCUGGACCAAUCACAGUGCGAAGUAAAGCAUAAACGAAGCAAUAAUGGUUACUUUCGACAUUUUAAAGACAAGUGUUCAUAUAGCACGAUGUUUCGUCGAUAAGUCGCGAUUUUCGUGAUAAUUGUCUCACAGUUUUGUACGCUGGUUAUGAAAACCUUUCCGAGGAUGGGGAUUGGGGUGGAGUUGCUGCUUGCACCCUCUUUGUACUUUACAGUUUGUCUGAAACCAUGCCCAGAUAAGGGUGACUGUUGUUAAAGUUUGUUUGAAAUCUUUUGCUGCUGACAAAUUAAAACUUUUCUUUUCCAGGGUGGCGAGCAAAUCCGCAAUAAGCGUUUGGCGAGUGAAAUUGAAAUCGCUCACAUGACGGAACUUCUGAACCCAGGAUCAAUUUCGUAAGGAGUUGAAAUUGACAAUCUAGCAUGUAAAUUUUAUUCAGACAAAGUGUUGUAAAAUGGGUUUUUUUCCACGGUAAGAUUAUUCGCCUGAAAUAUUCUCUACCGCUUGACAGCUUAUGAGGGCAAAGGUUUAUUCUAGACCGAUAAGAUUUGUCGCUUGGGAUUUUAUCUGCGCUAUGAUUGAUUCUGACAUCGCACUCAUAACUAAUACUCUUUUUGAUAUGACUUAGAUACUACGAGCGCCUUGAUUGGUAAAAACGCUACUAUUUACUGCACUGGUUAAGCCAUCUGCUUUGUUUUAAGUUAUAUUGUAAAAGCAAUAGACUGCAAUUUUUAUCGGUUUACCAACGUGAAAACCCUCUUGGAAUGUUAAAAGAAAGCGAGAAAAAUUUGUUAAUAAAUAGCCUGAGGCGAGUGAUCUACAAACUUUUGUCGUGUUCUCCCAACAACUUAAGUAGGUUACUAUGCCGGUAAACCGAUAGGAAGUUCGAUCUGUUGCUCAAAUAGAAAUGUUCCGCUCUUAUUGUUAAAUAAUGAAGGAUUAGUAAAGCCAAUCAGACUGCAGAAUUGUUGACCAAACACUUUAAGAUUUAUACUUGAAUCUCUUAAUUCACUCAUUACUCUUUGUGAUUGGUUUGGAAAGCGCUCCAAUCAGUCUUGAUUCCUUUGGCCUACGUGUAAGGCUGUCGUGUUUAGUUAAAAAGAACGUGUACGUAAAGAAAAGGGGCACCAUUGAUCACCAGCGAUAACAUAGACGUAGGAUUGAUGCAUACAUUUGUGAUGAAGGAUUCAAGUGAUAUAUUUCUUUCGUUUUUGCAUAAGCUCAGACAGAUUACAAUGAUUCUCUAGUUAUUCGGGAUCGGUGGUAUAAUUCCCUUUUGUUUUGCUUCAAACAGGGGGAAUAAGGUUGGAUUAAACUGGUUUUCAUGUCUGCUUCGUUGUUUCUACAAACCAAGGAAAGGUAAAUAAAUUAUAUUUUGUUCGCGCCAUGUCUUUGAGGCACGAGCAGGAAGCAUUUGAAUAAGGAGAUGAUUUAAAUGACACCCAGUCGUUUUUUGUUAAAAUUUGUUUUAACUUUAUAUGAAUUUCACUUUUAUUUCUUGGAUUUAGAUUUCAAAUUUUCGACACAAUUCAUUUCAGCAACGUUGGUUAGCGCUUUAACGAUCUUUCAAGUGAGUUGGAUAAUUUUUAUUGAUUUAAGUAUUCUACAUUUGCUUUCACUUUUGGUAAUACUUUGAUGGCAGAAUGACUGACUGACUGACUGUGCGACUUGCUGACGAAGUGAAUCACGCUGUCUCCAUGGUCAUCGUUAUCGUCAUCGUUUUCGUCACCGUUUUCGUCACCGUCGCCUCGGUCAUUUAUCAUACUCAUUACUGUUUUUGUUUUUGAUUUCUUUCUUCAUAAAUACAUACAUACGUAUAUACAUAGAUGCAUUUUACGAAUUACUUUCGAUACAGAUUAAAGUUUCCAGGCUACAGGUAGGGCGAGGGGUCGAGUUGACAGUCAAGAGCUUUGUUUAUAAAAGUUGUCAGAUGCAGAAGAUCGGGUGUUAUGAGAAUGGAUCUCACAAAUAUAGUGGAGGAGUUUUUGAAUGAUUCAAAGUGCAAAUCUAUGUCUGAAGUCAAACAUCAAAUUAGCUGUAAGUUAAUAGCGGGAGAACUGCAAUGGUAAAACAACAGCAUUAGUACAUAGAGGAAUUGCAUGCUGGCACUCUCUUCCAACUGAUGUUUUACUUUCUACUUAGGUCUUCAUGGCAGUGUUUUCCUUAAUGGAAGAAUUAAGAGGAGCAUAUAUUGAAGCAUACAUAAAUAUUGGUGACACCAGCUCGGCUGAUUUUGAAGACGUCCUCUAUAGUAAGUUUUUCUUUCUGUAAGCUAGAAAAAAACUUGUUCCAGUUGUUUAGUUAGAAAACCAUGCGUGGUAGUAAAGUUAAAAGUGCGAUAAUAUCGAUGAAGCGAAUAACAUAAUUUUUUGGUCGGGUCGAAAGUAGAGAACGCAAUCUGACCCAAACCUCCCUCCUGAUUUCUAUCCGACCCAAACCACCCAAACCUCCUUCCUGUUUUCUACCCGACCCAAACCUCCCUCCUGUUUUCUACCCAACCCAAACCUCCCUCCUAUUUUCUUCCCGACCCAAACCUGCCUAUUUUUGACCCGACUCAAACCUACUUGAAACAGACCAGCAAUCAAACCGGAAAAACUAUUCCGAACGACAUGCGAAUAAAAAAGAGUUGGUUAGAUGGUUAAUUUUUAUUGUAAUUCUUUUUUUUUAUUUAUUUUCUUUGCAGAUGGGUUAGAAGCAGGACUUGUCUUGUCUGCUGUCAUUUCUCUUUCAGUGUUGCUCCACUUCAUGAAAUGCCAUCGGUGAGUUUUCAUCUUAAUUUGGAAACGCUGAAGCUUCACCUGAGUCAAUCAUCGUGUGCUGAAUUUUUUUUUUAUUAAGGAAGACUUUUAAGGCUGCCUCCAUUCACGGGAAGCAAAUUUAUACAUGUAGGACGUAACAAAUUCAGUGUCAAGGGAAAGUGAUGAAAUAAAUAUAUAUAUAUAUAUACACAUAUAUAUAUGUGUUAUUGUUGCUGUUUUUCAUUAUUUUAUAACUGUAUUCUAUACUGUUUAUUAAAAUAAAGUAUUCCGUGGCAAUUAUGCACCCUUGCAAAUUGGAGUUGUUGUUUUUGUAAACGAUUUCUGGACCCAUGCGCUCACGUCCAAUGUUUUAAAAAUUUAUUUCAGAGAACACGUGCUUCAGUUUUAUCAAGGGCAAGCAACAUUUUCAAAGGACCUUCUCUCGACUCCUGCAGCUUCAGUGGUACGUACUGUGGUUAAGUGACGGAUGAUAGGAAGUUUAAGAAACGACGACGGCGAUGCUAUGAACAACGUUGGUUAAAAAAUUAACUUAUAUUUUACCUACGAAUCUCGCUGUCAAAAUAUCUCGAAACUGAAUAUGGAACACAGUUUCAAAUUAGAAAUGGGAGUUUAAAAAAAAACUGUCGCCGUUCACGUUAUCCAGACAACGGAAAGGUGGGUCAUUUCAUGUUGUUGUUUUGCAGAUUUACGCAAAGAAAUUUACAAAGAUUUUUUACCCACGUACACAGCCGUUGUUCUACUCAUUAAACGUUUUGUUUCGUGUCGUUCCCGUUACCGUCGUGACUUUCUUAAACUGCUUGGCUAGUCGUUGUAGUCAGGAUGGAUCCUGGAAUAACAAAUCCAUUUUCUAGUCUUUUGAAGCUUUCAAAUAAACAUCAAAGCCAUGCUCCCUACAUUUUGCCGUUUUUCGAAACAAAAGAAACAAAAAAAGAGAAGAAACUGGGCCCUAUCCCUAACAAGCACCCUAUUUCGAAUAAGCACUCUUCCUUGAAGAACCAAAAGUAAGUAAGUGCCCGGGCACUAAAUCGAAUCAUUACGGCAUGACGAUAUUGACGAUAAUGACGAUGAUAGUAUUAAUAUUUAAGAUACUACUACUACUAUUACUGAUAAUAAUAAUAAUGAUGAUGAUGAUGAUGACAAUAAUAGUGUUUGGGAAAAUGAUAACCAUAAAAAUGAUAAGGAUACCACAAGAAAACGACAGAAAUGUAAUGAUGAUGUGGGAAACAGAAGAUUUCCAAGAACUCCAGACCCGGAAAAAUGUGCGUGUCCUCAGCUGGACCUUAAGACUUCCGUUUACAGUGUAAUGAACAAGUUCUUAAUGACAAAGAAUUCGUUUACGAACCAAUCCAUCUACAAAGCUUGUCAUGUGACAAGUGUCGUGUAUGUCACUAGAAUAGUUAUCUCCAAUAUCUUGUGCGUAAGUGUGUCAUUGUUUUUUUUCCUUUUUAUUCUUGCUAGGGGGAGAGUCUCCGAUUUUCUGGAUAUCAGAUAGCAUACACAUUGAUUGGUAUAAGAAAAUGAAUUUGAUGUGACGCAGUAUCUUAUGCAAACCUUCUGUUUGUCCCUUUGUUUGUUUGAUUGAUCGAUAUCAGUAUCUGAACAAUUGUCAACUUCCCCUCCCCUAACCCAAUAACAGUCAACUGAUAACAAGUCAGGGUUAAUGUUGGGUUAGGGGAGGGGUAGGAGCGCAAUUUCUUAGAUAAUGACAUUGACCUUGUUUGAACAUGAUACAAAUGUACCAAAGAAAUACGCAAUAAUAGGGAUUUGAAAUUCUGAGAAUAAAGUUUGGUUCUUUAAGCGGUUUAUUUAACGUUUUUUUUUCCCUAGUGACUUUUUUUCUCCUACAGAGUUGUCGCGUUUGAAUAGAUGUUUAUGUUAGAUUCAUGAAACGAAACCUUUGUGUUGUUGCCAAAACUUGAAUUUGAAGAAAUUCAGAUUGUUUGUGAUCUAAUCAUAGCUGAGAAGCAACGCGGUCACUGUAGGGAAGUAACAGUUUUUCAUAAACCUGCAAAUUUUAAGUCACUGUUGAUACUAUCAGAUGGGCUCGUAAUUACGCAGUGCUCUUGGUGCAAAUGUGAUCUCACCAUGAAGCUCUUUAAUAUUUUAUCUUCAUUUCUUUUCUAGGUUUUGGGAUCCUGACAACUUUUCUGUCAACUGUGGCUGCUGCUUUAGCAAUCGUUAUCGAAUAUCCGGAAGAAUUGCUCACCCCAGAAUCAUGGAAAUAUUUAAGAGAAACCGGAAUUGCUUUGUUGUAAGUUUUACCGAUGUAUUUGUUGUAUCGAUUUGAAUCUUAAGAAUGAGAGUCAUAUGACUGCAUCAAACAACGAGUGUUAGAAAAUUUACUUCUAACAAGCUAAUUUGUUAAAUGAUAAAAAUACAAUUAUAGUAAAUCUUCAAUAUCGUAAGGGUUUCUUUGUAUUGGUGUCGGAAAAAGGAAUGGAAAUAUUAUAUUAUUUUAAGUUAUUUAAUGCAUAUUAUAAAAAAGGGCAGGUUGAUUACUUCUUACUCCUUCAUGGUGGUCUUAUCUUAAAGGUUGAGUUUGGUCACGUUCUUCAUUUGAGUUUGGUGACGUUCUCCUAGUGAGUUUAAUCACGUUUUCCUCGUUGUGAUCGUGAGGUUGACAUGGAACUCGUGAUAAGCCAUGUUCUUAAUUCAGUUAACUUGCUAGUCCAGGAAGAGUAAAUAAAAAAUGUUCAAAUUGUCCAAGGAGCAUAGUAGAAAGUAACCAUAUGCAAAAUGAUGUGGCGGUUCUUACUGUGACUUGUACUUGCUUGAUCUUUCGGUUAUCCUUGGUUGUCGGUGCUUGUCCUGCAAUUCCCCAAAAGGUCACUGGUCUUGUCUUGACUUUCCCGCUAUCCUGGCAUUUCUGUUGUUUCCUUCAGUGGCCUAGAAUGUCACUGGUCCUUAAUGUUCUUUUUUGUUGCUGUUUGCUUUGUUUUCUUGGCUUUUCUUUUGGUAGCCUGGUUUCUCCUGGUUUUUCUUUCAGUUUCCUCUACUUGUAAACAAAAUGAAAACGUCUAUAUGCCACGCGUACGCCGAGGCUCUUGCCUUCUAAGACGUCGUAACAAAUGUUCGUACUGGAACUGUAAGUUUCAAAGAAGCUCUUGUGGUAAAGAGCGCGGGCAGCGAGGAGGUUGUUGUUGGUUAGAACCUCUACCACGACCACUGAUAAGUCCGAAGUCCAACCAACAGCUUGUUAGAAGUAAAUUUUCUAACACUCGUCGUUUGAUAGGUAAAUUCUUCUUUAUUCUCUUUCUUCACAAAUUGAUACAACGGGGACUAGCUGCUAUCUGAUAGGAAAAACUAGAGUCUCCGCUUAUAAAGGUGACACUGCGGAUGACAUUUCUAAGCCGUCAAUCUUCUUGUGUCGUCAUCGUACCAUCUCAACUAGCGAAUCACGCUUGACUAUGUAUUACAGUUCCCACAUACGGAGUUUGAACCUUCGAGUUGUUUACGCAGUUACAAAAUCAAUUUCUACCUUAAUUUUCAUAUCUUUACGGUUGAGAUCGGCUAGAACAGAAACGAGAUCGAUAAUAUAAAUAUUACAAAUAACCUUGGUUCAGAGUAUUAUUUAUACCUGAAAGGGUAUCUUAAGAGAAAAUCAUCUUUAAAGAUUGUUACAUAACAACAUCUUGGUCACAAGAGUUAAAGAAGAAAGGCGCUCACAAGUGCCGCCCCCAAAUUGCUUUUAGUUGCGAAACACGAAGGGCAUCACCUGUUUACACCUAAAAUUACCUCUGGGGACAAGAAGGUGUCGAACGCGACCUAUUACUAGGGAGAUUUACUCUUCCUGGACUAACAAAUUAACUGAAUUAAGAACAUUGGUUAUGACGAGUUCCAUGUCAACCUCACGAUCACAACGAGGAAAACGUGAUUAAACUCACUAGGAGAACGUGACCAAACUCACAAGAAGAACGUCACCAAACUCAGCCUUUAAGAUAAGACCACCAUGAAGGAGUAAGAAGUAAUCAACCUGCCUUUUUUUAUAAUUUGCAUUAAAUGACUUAAAAUAAUAUAAUAUUUCCAUUCCUUUUUCCGACACCAAUACAAAGAAACCCUUACUAUAUUGUAGCUUACCUAUAAUUGUAAUUUUAUCAUUUAACAUUGUGAUCGUUGUGGUCAUACUGAAUAAAAGGCGGGAAAACGCGAGUGACCAAAUCACGAUUCGUUCAAGUUUUGAAUCUGAUUGGUUAAGAAGAUGGCGCGAGCUUUCUGGACCAAUCACACGGCGAGGUUGAGCAAAACCAAACCAAUCACUGAUUAAUUUCGACACUCCAUUGAAAAAUACUCUACUACAUGUUCAAUCCAACUCUAAACAUUGCUUAUGCAUCAAAACAAGAUAUAGUAACAUAUUUGCUCAGUCAGAAUCUCGUGGCUAAGCCGGUUUCAUAUUGUGAGACCACAAGGCUUUCCGAAAGACGCAAUCUAGUACUCAUGUAAUGUUGUUUUUACAGACCAACUUUGGCCUUAGCUAUUUUCCUGAUGUUGUUCCAGUUGUUUCUAACACAUUUCGUCUUCCGUGACUCGACUUAUCCGAACAUCACUGUCUUAAUUGAUAACAGGUAUUGUUGUAUAUCAGUCUGAGCUGAAUUUCUUGUUGUGUGAUAAGCACGCCCUGAACAACUGAUCUACUCAUGACAAACACAUGUAGACAUUUAUGAGUAGUACUAGGCCUGACAGAGUGCAGUCCAAUUCGGUUCGUAAUUAAUCAAGUGAUUGACAAAAUUAUAACAGCAUGCAUAUAACGUGUAUAAUCACACAGGCAUGUUGCGAUAAAUGGCCAGUUACAAGCACAACGUGAACUGUACACUGUCCCAUUAGUGCACUGAUCAAAACUCAGUAGUAAAGCAAAAUUCUCGAACGUGAUCGGUUAUGACCAGCCCGAUUUGAGCACCAAUAGGACAGUGUACGCGUCAUGCUUGUAAUUGGACAGUGUAAAAGGAAAGAUAAAGGGACAGUUAACAUGUCAUGCCUGUGUAAGUGGACAGAGCAUGUAGAGUUUUUUUUUAAUAAAAACGUACAACCGAUGUCUAGUUUCUUUCUCAAAUUUUCUCGAUCACUCGUAUGAUUACAGACCGAAUUGGACUCCGCUAAGUUCUAUUACCAUUAUAAAUUGGGCUGCUAAUGACCAAUGGCGUAGCAAAUUUUAUCUUUGUGUUGAUGGUAAAUUUAAUUUUCUAUUGCAUGUUUAGUGAUCAACUCACGCCUUGCCGAGAGAACGUUCGAUACAAAGCUACAGUAGCUUAAUUGAACUUCUACGCAAAAACUCGCUAACAGAGACGUCUCUGAUAAAAAGAUAUUUGGCAUAUAUGUUGUAGUGGUGAUGACUGUUGUUGUUGUUUUCGUUGCCGCUGUGAUGGUUGCUCUUGUUGCUGUAGUUGUUGUUGUCGGUUUGUUGUGUGUUGUACUGGUUUCUUCCAGGUUAAUUAGUAAUUCUCUUAUAUUCACAUCUUGCUAAUGGGUCACUAAGCUUAAAAUACUCAGCCCGUAUCAUGUACAUUUUAUUUUUGGUCUCUUUCUCUCUCUUUCAGGCGGCUAUUCUCUAUCAUGUCGUACUUUUUCUUCUUCUACAACAUAAUUCUUGGAAUUUUCUCUGCUUUCAUGAGAAUUCUAAACGGCAUACUUUUAGGAGUGAUAUUCAUCUCUCGUAUUGACCGUUCAUCACUGAUGCAGGGUUUCCAGGCUUGGGACAAAGGUACGUAGCAGGCAUCCAGUACAAGCAAUUUAUUAGUAGUAGAGGCUAUGUGAAGGGAGAUAUAGACCUAUUCUGCUGCCAAGAUGCUCACUAUUUCUUAAAACAGCUUUUAACCAAUUAAUUAAUGUCGAUAAGACUUCAGUGACGCAAGGAAGGUCGAGCAAGAUCAAAAUAAAUCGCCCAGAACGCAGGAAACGGUAGUGGCUUUAUACUGAUUCGUAUUAGCUUCAUGUCUGAUUGGUCGAGAGGAUUGCACAGGAUUUAUAUAGUUUGCAUUUUGCUAACUAAAGCAAAACCUGUGGGAUGCUGGACAACCUUUGACUUUCACUUUACAGUUUCUUAAUUUUCUUUCUAGCUUUUGUCGCAUACCUUGGUUUUGUGACUGUGCUGGUUGCCCACAGACAUCCCGUGAUGCUGGUGUUCUGUCAGUUGCUUAUUGACAGACAAAAAUAUUACCAGCCCUUGCAAAAGCGUAAGUAAACUGUCUCCAAAAUCACGACUCGGCUGGGAUAAUGCAUUCCUAGGAUUCUGAUUUGCUUGAUUGAUAAACGGACAGAUGAGCGUCCGCACGCAUGGGCGGACAUCGGACGAAUGGGAAACUGGGGCUCAGAGACAAUUGGCACGUUUGUUUCCCUAAUAAGAUCAAAACACAGCGCGGUUUGUGCACUGGCAAUCGGUACUUAGCAACCAAUCAGAACACUAGAUAUAAUCUUUUCACGGAGGGCAAGAAUUACAUAAUUUUCUUUUCUUAAGCGUUGUUAGUAAUGUGAAAUCGUGGAAAAUUUGACAGAAAGCGUACCCCAUUCCCCAAGUCAGAUUUGAUAAAAAAUGGGCAUUAUUGAGAAGAAACUUACGAUGCGAGCUAUGUUCAGUCGGUUACUAUUCUUUUUAUAUUCAUUGUGUGGUCACACGAGAAUACUGAAAGCUAGCCUUUCUUCUUUGCCCCUUUGCACAGUUUUUUGAUCAACUAAAAAGUAUCUCGCCGACAGUUACUUUUCAAGCCGACCUUUAGAAAAUGAUUGCAUUCUGGGUGAUAUAGAACAGUUUUAAGUCUUUCAUGAGGAGAAAAAGAAACAUCCCUACAUGUGUAACCUUUUUUUCACCUUGAGUCUGAAGUGCUUAAGCAUUAAAAUUAGUUUUCAAGUACCGUGUUUUAAGGCAUCUAUUUUGCCGCCGGAUCUCCGACAGAACCUGUAUAUUGUAGGUUUGGCAUCGAGGUAGGACGUUCUGAAGGUUUGUAAUAUUUGCUUUAAAGGGCUUUUCGUUGCCAUUCCAAAAAAAAUAGUGAACGAAAAAAAGACAUUUUGUCUCCCUUCUUAUUCAAAGCACGAAAGAAAUUUCUUUCUUUUGGCCUAUUUUCUUUAUUGCUAUUAUUCCUUUGUUGUCAUGAACUAAUUUUUUGAAGGGUUAUUAACUUGAAAUACUGACGAAGUCCCUCCAGAUCUCGUCCAAACCUCUCAAACGCAGCUUAUAUUGUCUUGUCUUUUAGGCUUUAGUCGAGAGUCCCGUCGGCCGCGCAUGUCUAAAAAGGCUGCCAACCGCUGGUUCCUGGCCGUGACUCUCUUACGCAACCCAUCUCUUGUCAAGUCCCGCCGCCAAGGCCGCCAUAUCACAGCGUCUGUUGUGACUCAUGGAUGCGUCAACGUUGACGUUCAAAUGUAA